GCGGUUUCCUAGAAACAUGAUUGCUUGCUGGUCUUGAUCUCACAGCUUUGUGAAGACUUCUUCUCUGAUAAUGUCAAGUUCAGGCUACCCUCCUAACCAAGGAGCAUUCAGCACAGAACAGAGUCGUUACCCUGCUCACUCUGUCCAGUACACCUUCCCUAGCACCCGGCACCAACAGGAGUUUGCAGUUCCCGAUUAUCGUUCGUCUCACCUGGAAGUCAGUCAGGCAACCCAGCUCUUGCAGCAGCAGCAGCAGCAACAGCAGCAGCAGCAACUUCGGCGCAGGCCUUCCUUGCUUUCUGAAUUUCACCCAGGCUCUGACAGGCCUCAGGAAAGGAGAACUGGAUAUGAACAGCAAUUUCAUCCAGGUCCAUCUCAGACAGAUCAUGAUUCACUGGAAUCUAAGCGACCACGUCUUGAACAAGUCUCCGAUUCCCAUUUUCAGCGUGUCAGUGCAGCUACUGUCUUGCCUUUAGUACAUCCUCUGCAGGAAGGGUUGAGAUCUGCAGAUAUUAAGAAGGACCCAGCUUUUGGGGGAAAGCAUGAGGGACCAUCUUCUCCAAUUACUGGUCAGCCUUGUGGGGAGGACCAAAAUGCUUCACCUUCAAAGCUGUCAAAGGAAGAAUUGAUACAGAGCAUGGACCGUGUAGAUCGCGAAAUUGCGAAAGUUGAGCAGCAAAUCCUUAAGCUGAAGAAAAAGCAACAACAACUUGAAGAAGAAGCUGCUAAGCCUCCAGAGCCAGAGAGGCCUGUCUCCCCUCCUCCAGUGGAACAGAAACACCGCAGUAUUGUCCAAAUUAUUUACGAUGAAAAUCGGAAAAAAGCAGAAGAAGCCCAUAAGAUUUUUGAAGGUCUUGGUCCAAAAGUUGAACUGCCACUUUACAAUCAACCAUCAGACACAAAGGUUUACCAUGAAAACAUCAAAACAAACCAGGUGAUGAGGAAAAAGCUAAUACUAUUCUUUAAAAGAAGAAAUCAUGCAAGAAAACAACGGGAACAGAAAAUCUGUCAACGUUAUGAUCAGCUGAUGGAGGCAUGGGAGAAGAAAGUUGACAGGAUAGAAAAUAAUCCACGCAGGAAAGCUAAGGAGAGCAAAACAAGAGAGUACUAUGAAAAACAAUUUCCAGAAAUCCGGAAGCAAAGAGAACAGCAAGAACGAUUCCAAAGAGUUGGUCAAAGAGGGGCUGGACUUUCAGCAACUAUUGCUAGAAGUGAACAUGAGAUUUCUGAAAUCAUUGAUGGACUUUCUGAGCAGGAGAAUAAUGAGAAACAAAUGCGUCAGCUCUCUGUCAUUCCUCCCAUGAUGUUUGAUGCAGAACAAAGACGAGUGAAGUUUAUUAAUAUGAAUGGUCUGAUGGAGGAUCCCAUGAAAGUUUAUAAAGACAGACAGUUCAUGAAUGUCUGGACCGACCAUGAGAAAGAGAUUUUUAAGGAAAAGUUUGUCCAACAUCCCAAGAACUUUGGUCUAAUUGCUUCCUACCUGGAACGAAAGAAUGUUCCCGACUGUGUAUUAUAUUAUUAUUUGACCAAGAAAAAUGAAAAUUAUAAAGCCCUUGUGCGAAGGAAUUAUGGUAAACGCAGAGGAAGAAACCAGCAACAAAUUGCUCGUCCUUCUCAAGAAGAAAAGGUAGAAGAAAAGGUAGAAGAAGAAAAAUCAGAAAAAGCAGAGAAAAAAGAGGAGGAAAAGAAAGAUGAGGAGGAAAAGGAUGAGAAGGAGGAAUCUAAAGAGAAUACCAAAGAAAAGGACAAAACUGAAGUUGCACCAGAGGAAACGGAGGAAAGGGAGCAGGCCGCUCCUAGGGGCCGAAAAACUGCCAAUAGUCAAGGUCGUCGUAAGGGCAGAAUCACCAGAUCAAUGACAAAUGAAGCCGCACAAGCGAAUGCUGCUGCAGCUGCAGCCACUGAGGAACCACCACCGCCUCUUCCACCCCCCCCAGAACCUUCUUCUGCAGAGCCUGUGGAGACAUCCCGCUGGACAGAAGAAGAAAUGGAAGUUGCUAAGAAAGGCCUAGUGGAACAUGGACGCAACUGGGCAGCAAUUGCCAAAAUGGUUGGGACGAAAAGUGAAGCUCAGUGUAAGAACUUCUACUUCAACUAUAAAAGGAGACACAAUCUGGACAGCCUCCUCCAACAGCACAAACAGAAGUCUUCACGAAGGCCCCGUGAGGAGAGAGAUGUAUCACAGUGUGAGAGUGUAGCUUCGACUGUGUCAGCUCAGGAGGAUGAAGAUAUUGAAGCAUCUAAUGAAGAAGAGAAUCCAGAAGACAGUGAAGCAGAACCUGCUAAACCAAGUGAAGAAAAUCCAUCUGAGAGUGCUGCUUCGAAAGUAACCACUGAGGCAACAGCAGAACAAGAAUCUACCAUUAAACCUGCAACCAGCACGUCUCCCUCCUUAACAGCCCAAAGUGUAUCAACAGCUGAGAGUCAGAACCCUGAGCCACAGGUUAAAGAAGAAAUAAAUAAUGAAGCAGAAGAGCCUAUGGAGGUUGACAGUAGAAGCCAUCCAGUUGAAGCUAAGCCUGUGAUUACUCUUCCAGUGCACACCAAAGUAGAACCUGUAGAGACUGAAAUGAGGCUACCAGAGAAUAUCCAAGUGAAAAUAGAGAGUGAUACCAAAGACAGAGAUGUGGAGAAACCCAAGGAAAAGUCAGAACCAGAGGAAAUGGACUAUAGUCUGUCACAACAAGUUAAUACAGCAAGACAAGAAUCCCAUUCAGAUAAUGAUUCAAGUGCCACCUGUAGUGCUGAUGAGGAAGUUGAUGGAGAACCUGACAGACAAGGUAUCUUCAGCAGGGAGUCAAAGCCCUCACUGUUAAAUCCCACUGGGUCAAUACUGGUAUCAUCCACAAUAAAGCAAGGGCAGAUGGACCUGCAACAACUUCACCACCGAGCUGCUGUCAUACCACCUAUGGUUUCUUGCAGUCCCUGUGCUGUUCCUGUUGGAACACCAGUGAGUGGUUAUGCGCUGUAUCAACGGCACAUUAAAGCAAUGCACGAGUCAGCGCUGCUGGAGGAGCAGCGCCAGAGGCAAGAGCAGCUGGAUAUGGAGUAUCGAAGUGCUGUAAGCCCUUGUGGCACUUCCAAGAGCCCUAAUAUUGAGUGGGAAGUUCUCCAGCCAGCACCUCACCAAGUAAUAGCAAAUAUACCGGAAGGAGUCCGCCUUCCAACAACCAGACCCACCAGACCACCACCACCUCUCAUUCCAUCCUCCAAGACAAGUGUGCCGUCAGAAAAGCCUUCCUUCAUCAUGGGAGGCUCAAUCUCACAAGGAACACCUGGCACUUACUUAACAUCCCAUAGUCAAGCUUCCUACACCCAAGAGACUGCAAAGCCAUCAGUGGGUUCUAUAUCUCUUGGGCUGCCAAGGCAGCAGGAGUCAGCCAAAUCUGCUUCCCUGCCCUAUAUCAAACAAGAAGAAUUUUCUCCGAGAAGUCAGAAUUCCCAGCCUGAGGGACUCCUGGUCAGGGCACAACAUGAAAGCGUGGUUCGAGGUACCACAACAAUACAGGAGGGAAGUAUAACACGAGGAACUCCAACCAAUAAAGUUUCUGUUGAGACCAUUCCUUCUUUGAGAGGCUCCAUAACUCAGGGUACACCAGCUCUGUCCCAGUCUGGCAUAGCAGCUGAUGCGUUAUUGAAGGGAACUAUCACCCGGCUAGCUACAGAAGACAGCAGCCCAGAAAAGUGCCGAGAGGAAGCUUCAGCCAAAGGCCAUGUUAUUUAUGAAGGCAAAAGUGGACAUAUUUUAUCUUAUGAUACUAUUAAAAAUGUUCGUGAAGGAACAAGGAGUCCAAGAACUGCUCAUGAAAUUGGUUUAAAGAGAAGCUAUGAUACAAUGGAAGGAAAUAUAAAGCAAGGAAUGUCAAUGCGGGAGUCUCCAGUGUCGGCACCACUGGAAGGUUUAAUAUGCCGUGCACUGCCUAGAGGUAGCCCACAUGCUGAACUAAAAGAAAGAACAGUAUUGUCUGGCUCUAUAAUGCAAGGCACACCAAGAGCAACAGCUGAAAGUUUUGAAGAAGGGUUGAAAUACCCUAAACAGAUAAAGAGAGAGUCACCUCCCAUAAGGACAUUUGAAGGAGCCAUUACUAAGGGGAAACCAUAUGAUGGAGUCACUACUAUAAAAGAAAUGGGUCGUUCUAUCCAUGAAAUCCCAAGACAGGACCUGUUAAGCCAGGAGAGUCGCAAGACUCCUGAAAUGGUGCAGACGACCAGGCCAAUCAUAGAAGGCUCCAUAUCUCAGGGCACACCCAUAAAAUAUGAAAGCAACUCUGGCCAGUCUGCCAUCAAACACAAUGUAAAAUCUUUAAUCACUGGACCAAGCAAGCUACCCCGUGGAAUGCCUCAGCUGGAAAUGGUGCCAGAAAACGUGAAGGUGGUGGAGCGAGGAAAAUAUGAAGAUGUGAAGACCGGGGAUGCAGUACGUUCCCGUCACACAUCAGUAGUCAGCUCUGGUCCCUCUGUUCUCAGGUCAACUCUUCAUGAAACUCCCAAAUCACAGCUGAGCCCUGGGAUUUAUGAUGAUACCAAUGCUCGGAGGACACCUGUGAACUAUCAGAGUCCAAUGUCCAGGAGUUCACCUAUGAUGAAUAGAGUUAGUGAGGGUGGAAUAUCGUCUGGGAAGCCAGCAAAUCAUGAAAGGAAAAACACCCUUACUCCGACACAGAGGGAGAGCGUGCCAGCAAAAUCUCCAGUCCCGGGGGUUGAUCCUGUAGUGACUCACAGUCCUUUUGACCCUCAUCACAGGGGAGCAACACCUGAAGUCUACAGGAGUCACCUCCCUCCUCAUUUAGAUCCUGCUAUGCCAUUUCACAGGGCUCUGGAUCCUGCUGCUGCUGCUUACCUGUUCCAAAGGCAGCUCUCACCCACCCCAGGCUACCCAAGUCAGUAUCAGCUUUAUGCAAUGGAGAAUACACGACAGACAAUCCUAAAUGACUACAUUACCUCACAGCAGAUGCAAGUCAAUUUACGUCCUGAUGUAACGAGGGGAUUAUCUCCUAGAGAGCAAACGUUAGCUCUCCCAUAUGCAGGAGCAAGAGGAAUUAUUGACCUGAACAAUAUGGCUCCCACAAUCUUAGUGCCUCAUCCUGGAGGAACAAGCACCCCACCCAUGGAGAGAAUCACAUAUAUCCCCGGUACCCAGCUUACCUUCCCUCCCAGGCCUUACAAUCCUGCUUCACUGUCACCAGGACACCCUACACACCUGGCAGCUUCUGCAGCUGCAAGUGCUGAAAGGGAGCGGGAAAGGGAGAGGGAGAAGGAACGGGAAAGGGAGAGGGUCACUUUAUCUUUUGCUGAACUUUAUCUUCGACCAGGUACAGAGCAGCCUGGCAGACCUGGCAGUCAUGGAUAUGUUCGGUCCCCGUCUCCUUCAGUUAGAACCCAGGAAAACAUACUGCAGCAAAGGCCUAGUAUUUUUCAAGGAACCAAUGGGACAAGUGUAAUCACACCUUUGGAUCCUGCUGCCCAGCUACGUAUCAUGCAGCUCACUCCUGGAGCUCCCUCUAUUACUCAAGGGUUGCCAGCUUCCCGUUACAAUACUGCUGCUGAUGCCCUUGCAGCACUAGUAGAUGCUGCAGCCUCUGCUCCUCAAAUGGAAGUUGCCAAAGCAAAAGAGAACAAGCACGAAGGAACCAGGAUAGAAGAGAAUAUGGGACGGCGGUCAGCUGUGGUUACUGAACAGCAGCAGAUGGAACAGAAGACACUGGAGGUAGAAAAGAGGCCUGUCCAGUGCCCAUAUACAUCUGCAAAUUUUUCUGGUGGCAAGUCCCAGGGACAGUCUUCAUCAGUAGUCUAUUCAGAGGCUGGUAAAGAGAAAGGACCUCCUCCUAAGUCCAGGUACGAGGAAGAGCUGAGAACACGAGGAAAGACCACAAUUACUGCUGCUAACUUCAUAGAUGUGAUCAUCACUCGACAGAUUGCUUCAGACAAGGAUGCACGAGAUAGGGGCUCUCAAAGUUCAGAUUCUUCCAGUAGUUUAUCCUCCCAACGGUAUGAAGCUCCUGGAGAUGCCAUUGAGGUGAUUAGCCCUGCAAAUUCGCCUGUACCUACUCAAGAAAAACUACAGCCCUAUCAACAAGAGACACCUAAACCAAGCCAGGCAGAGAGUGACCCAAGCAGGCAGUAUGAAGGGCCGAUUCACCGCUAUAGGACACAACAGGAACCCCCUUCACCCCAACAACCUCCACCUCCCUCUUCCCAAGCAGAAGGGAUGGCACAUGUGCCCAGGACCCAUCGGCUUAUCACCCUUGCAGAUCAUAUCUGUCAAAUUAUUACACAAGACUUUGCUAGAAACCAAGCAGCUUCUCAGGCCCCUUUGCAGCCUCCCACCACUACAUUCCAGAAUUCCACCCCUGCUCCAACACCUGUUUCUACCCGGGCAAAGACAUCAAAUCGCUACAGCCCUGAGUCGCAGUCGCAGUCUGUCCACCAUCAGCGGCCAGGUGCUAGAGUGUCACCUGAAAAUCUGUCCGACAAGUCCAGGGGAAGACCUGGAAAAUCUCCAGAGAGGAGUCAUGUCUCUUCAGAACCCUAUGAGCCAAUCUCGCCACCUCAGGUCCCGGUUGUACAUGAGAAGCAGGAAAGCGUUCUUUUGCUUUCCCAGAGAACUGAGCCUACUGAACAGAGGACUGACUCUCGCUCUCCAGGUAGUAUAAGCUACCUGCCUUCGUUUUUCACCAAACUUGAGAACACUUCACCAAUGGUAAAAUCCAAGAAACAGGAGAUAUUUCGAAAGCUGAACUCGUCUGGUGGCGGUGACACUGAUAUGGCAACUGCUCAGCCAGGGACUGAAAUAUUCAAUUUGCCAGCAGUCACUACCUCAGGUGCAGUCAGUUCUAGGGGUCAUUCCUUUGCAGAUCCUGCCAGUAAUCUGGGUCUGGAAGACAUUAUUAGGAAAGCAUUGAUGGGAAACUUUGAUGACAAGAGUGAGGAACACGGAGUUGUAAUGUCACAAUCCAUUGCGGUAGCACCUGGCGGUUCCAGUUCUGCAGUAUCAGCAAGUAAUGAGACACGUAGAGAAGAAGCUAAUCCAUCACCAAAUUCAGGGGGAGUUGGCAAGCAGAAGCUAAUCGGCAAGUCAAAUAAUAGGAAGUCUAAGUCUCCGAUUCCUGGACAGGGAUAUUUGGGAACCGAAAGACCUUCCUCUGUCUCAUCAGUACAUUCAGAAGGGGACUACCACAGACAGACUCCCGUGUGGGCCUGGGAAGAUAGGCCUUCAUCAACAGGUUCGACACAGUUUCCUUACAACCCGUUGACGAUGAGGAUGCUCAGCAGUACACCGCCGACAUCCAUUGCGUGUGCCCCACCGUCCAUGAGCCAAGCAACCACUCACCAACAGAACAGGAUAUGGGAGCGAGAGCCUGCACCACUGCUUUCAGCACAAUAUGAGACUCUGUCUGACAGUGAUGACUGAACUAUGCAGAUUUUUUUUGUUUUUUUAAUUUGCGGGUCAAAAAGAAAUCUAUUUUUGACUUGUGCCCAUAGAGACUUUCCAAGAGAGCAAGGGCCACAUAAUGAAGAAUUGAUGGAAAGUCCUUUAAAUGUCUUCUGCACAGGCCAUGUGUUGGAGGAUCAUGAUCAAGAAGGUUGACUUACUAAAGAUAAAUAUGUAAAGAGUUUUUAAAAAUGUGGACUAUUCCUGUUCUACAUCUAUUUGUAAAGAAAACCAUAAUGUCUUUAAAUCAUUCUUCUGUAAAUAGAGAGUACUUUUUGCAGUGUUUUUUCCCUUGCUAUAGUAUCUGGUGUACUUAUGUUCAAAUCAUUGCAUAAACCUUGGGGGUCAUUUUGUAAUUUUUUUUUAAGCAUUUUCUCCAGUGUAGAGUACUCUUCAUAACCCUAGCCUCCCUACCAGCCUAGCCUCCCUACCAGCCUAGCCUAACCAUAACCCUAGCCUCCCUACCAGCCUAGCAUCAUUGCCCAUUUAAUGCCGUGUCACCUCUUGCAGGCAUUGUGCUUUUAUAUAAUUUUUUUUUUUCCCUAGACACACUUUCUCAGUGGUGUUAAAGCUCUUGUGAAAAUGUUGAUUUUUAAGACUGACCCCUUAAUGAAUUCUG